GUGCGGCUCUUAAGCGGCGCGGCAGCUGCUCGCAGCCCGAGCUGGUGCUUCGCCCGAGACCCAGCGCCCAGGCGAGCCGCCCCGAGAGCAGCCGCGCGAAGGUCACCCCGCGCCCGCGCCCGCGCCCGCCGCCGCCGCCGCCGCCUCCGUCGGUCCGUGUCCCGGUACCCCCGUGCGUCCGAGCCCCGCGCGCCCCGCCGCAGCCCCGGCCACUUGAGCGCCAUGAACCAGAUCGAGCCCGGCGUGCAGUACAACUACGUGUACGACGAGGAUGAGUACAUGAUCCAGGAGGAGGAGUGGGACCGCGACCUGCUGCUGGACCCCGCCUGGGAGAAGCAGCAGAGGAAGACCUUCACUGCCUGGUGUAACUCCCACCUAAGGAAAGCUGGCACCCAGAUUGAGAACAUCGAAGAAGACUUCAGGAAUGGCCUUAAGCUCAUGCUGCUUUUGGAGGUCAUCUCAGGGGAAAGGCUGCCCAAACCUGACCGAGGAAAAAUGCGGUUCCACAAAAUUGCUAACGUCAACAAAGCUUUGGAUUACAUAGCCAGCAAAGGGGUGAAGUUGGUGUCCAUCGGGGCUGAAGAAAUUGUUGAUGGCAACGUGAAAAUGACCCUGGGUAUGAUCUGGACCAUCAUCCUUCGCUUUGCUAUUCAGGAUAUUUCAGUUGAAGAAACGUCUGCCAAAGAAGGCCUGCUGCUGUGGUGUCAGAGGAAAACCGCUCCUUACAGAAAUGUCAACAUUCAGAACUUCCAUACUAGCUGGAAAGAUGGCCUUGGACUCUGUGCCCUCAUCCACCGGCACCGGCCCGACCUCAUUGACUACUCAAAGCUUAACAAGGAUGACCCCAUAGGAAAUAUUAACCUGGCCAUGGAAAUUGCUGAGAAGCACCUGGAUAUUCCUAAAAUGUUGGAUGCUGAAGACAUCGUGAACACCCCCAAACCCGAUGAAAGAGCCAUCAUGACGUACGUCUCUUGCUUCUACCACGCUUUUGCGGGCGCGGAGCAGGCCGAGACAGCGGCUAACAGGAUAUGUAAGGUUCUUGCUGUGAAUCAAGAGAAUGAGAGGCUGAUGGAAGAAUAUGAGAGGCUAGCGAGUGAGCUUUUGGAAUGGAUUCGUCGCACAAUCCCCUGGCUAGAGAACCGGACUCCUGAGAAGACCAUGCAAGCCAUGCAGAAGAAGCUGGAGGACUUCCGGGAUUACCGCCGGAAGCACAAGCCCCCCAAGGUGCAGGAGAAAUGCCAGCUGGAGAUCAAUUUUAACACACUGCAGACCAAACUGCGGAUCAGCAACCGGCCCGCCUUCAUGCCCUCCGAGGGCAAGAUGGUGUCGGAUAUUGCUGGCGCCUGGCAGAGGCUGGAGCAGGCUGAGAAGGGUUACGAGGAGUGGUUGCUCAAUGAAAUUCGGAGACUGGAGCGCCUGGAACACCUGGCUGAGAAGUUUAGGCAGAAGGCCUCAACGCACGAGACUUGGGCUUAUGGCAAAGAGCAGAUCUUGCUGCAGAAGGAUUAUGAGUCGGCGUCGCUGACAGAGGUGCGGGCUCUGCUGCGGAAGCACGAGGCGUUUGAGAGUGACCUGGCAGCGCACCAGGACCGUGUGGAGCAGAUUGCAGCCAUCGCGCAGGAGCUCAAUGAACUGGACUAUCACGAUGCUGUGAAUGUCAAUGAUCGGUGCCAGAAAAUUUGUGACCAGUGGGACCGACUGGGAACGCUAACUCAGAAGAGGAGGGAAGCUCUGGAGAGAAUGGAGAAGUUGCUAGAAACCAUUGAUCAGCUUCACCUGGAGUUUGCCAAGAGGGCUGCUCCUUUCAACAAUUGGAUGGAGGGCGCUAUGGAGGAUCUGCAAGACAUGUUCAUUGUCCACAGCAUUGAGGAGAUCCAGAGUUUGAUCACUGCGCAUGAGCAGUUCAAGGCCACAUUGCCUGAGGCGGACGGAGAGCGGCAGUCCAUCAUGGCCAUCCAGAACGAGGUGGAGAAGGUGAUUCAGAGCUACAGCAUCAGAAUCAGCUCAAGCAACCCGUACAGCACCGUCACCAUGGAUGAGAUCCGGACCAAGUGGGACAAGGUGAAGCAACUCGUGCCCAUCCGCGAUCAGUCCCUGCAGGAGGAGCUGGCUCGCCAGCAUGCCAACGAGCGUCUGAGGCGCCAGUUUGCCGCACAAGCCAAUGCCAUCGGGCCCUGGAUCCAGAACAAGAUGGAGGAGAUUGCUCGGAGCUCCAUCCAGAUCACAGGAGCCCUGGAAGACCAGAUGAAUCAGCUGAAGCAGUAUGAACACAACAUCAUCAACUACAAGAACAACAUUGACAAGCUGGAGGGAGACCAUCAGCUCAUCCAGGAGGCCCUUGUCUUUGACAACAAGCACACGAACUACACGAUGGAGCACAUUCGUGUUGGAUGGGAGUUGCUGCUGACAACCAUUGCCAGAACCAUCAAUGAGGUGGAGACCCAGAUCCUGACAAGAGACGCGAAGGGCAUCACCCAGGAGCAGAUGAAUGAGUUCAGAGCCUCAUUCAACCACUUUGACAGGAGGAAGAAUGGCCUGAUGGACCAUGAGGAUUUCAGAGCCUGCCUGAUCUCCAUGGGUUAUGACUUGGGUGAAGCCGAGUUUGCCCGCAUCAUGACCCUGGUGGAUCCCAACGGCCAAGGCACCGUCACCUUCCAGUCCUUCAUCGACUUCAUGACGAGAGAGACGGCUGACACGGACACUGCCGAGCAGGUCAUCGCCUCCUUCCGGAUCCUGGCUUCCGAUAAGCCAUACAUCCUGGCGGAGGAGCUGCGUCGGGAGCUGCCCCCGGAUCAGGCCCAGUACUGUAUCAAGAGGAUGCCCGCCUACUCAGGCCCAGGCAGUGUGCCCGGCGCCCUGGAUUAUACUGCGUUCUCUUCCGCACUCUAUGGGGAGAGCGAUCUGUGAUGCUGAGGUUCUGUAACCACUGAUCCCAUCAGAAUGCAAUAAAAGCGGAAGUCACAGUUUGUUUCCUGGAAA